AUGUGUACGCUCGUCGAGGUCAAGCGCCCCGCGGCGGCCUCCCCUUCAAAGCCUUCCCCGCCGGCCGGAGAGCUCAUGGUUCUGUAUCUUUGUCUUUCGCCUGCGCCCUCAACAAGGAACUCGCCCUUUACUAUUGCAAAAUUGCUAUCAACCAAUACCACCUCGCCUCUGACCAUCCCCCCCGACGCCGGACACAACAAGGGCCAGAAAGCGCGUGCCGAGCUCCGCAUCCUCGGCAUCUCUCUCGCCCUCCUUGGCAGUAUCGGAUACGCCCUCUACGAGAUCUGGUACAAGCGCACGAUCGCCUGCCUGCUUGACGCAAACCUCAUGAAGACCAUGCUCGGCCUCGUGUCACUCUGUCUGCUCUGGAUCCCCAGCCCCCUGCUCAACUGGUCGGGCAUCGAGUGCUUUGAAGUCGUCAAGGACCCAGUGAUCGCUUGGAUGAUCUUGGGCAUCAUCUUCAUGGGCGUACUCUUCAAUGCUGGCUUCAUGAUCCUGAUAGGCCUUUGGGGCCCAGUCUUAGCAUCCGUAGGUAGCUUGUGCACCUUGGUCCUGAUCACGAUCGUCGACCACACUAUCAUCGGCGCGAUCAACUCCCACGAGUCCGACCGGGCCGUGCCCCCCUUCAGCAUCCUCAGCUUCAUCGACUGCCUCUCCAUCCUCAACUUCUAG